AUGGUGCAAGUUGAGCUACCGGUUGUGGACAUCAGUUCGUAUCGUUGUUACCAUAACGAAACUGGUUCUGCCAACAGUAGCAAUGCUUCGCUUCCUGUGGAUAUUGAGCGCGAGUGCUUUUGCAUCGCCCAAGCGCUGGCUCGCUACGGGGCAGUUGUUAUCAGAGACACCACGGUUUCUGCGGAAGAGAACAAUGCCUUCAUCGAGCUUAUGGCCUCAUAUUUCGCGCACCCUGACAAGGCAGAAGACGCACGGCCUCAGCUGAACUAUCAAGUGGGCUGGACACCAGCCUUUACAGAGCGACCCCGACCCAUUCCUGCGGACUUUCACGGCGAUGCGCCGGUCACGCCCCGACCUCAAUCGGUACCGCCCAUUACCUCACAGGAUCCGAAAGAGCGGUUUCUAUGGCGCAUCGGUCCGCGCCCUGCGACUUCACGUUUUCCAGAACAAAACGCACCGCCAGUAGUUCCUCGACGCUUUGCCGAACGUUGGUCGCAGAUCAUGGACCGCUGGGGACAUCGCCUCCUAGAUGCGAUUCAGCUCGUUGCAGAGAUGGUCGCAUUGGGACUCGGACUGGGGCGCGACGCCUUUACAUCCCGCAUGAAAGACGGACCGCACCUGCUGGCACCAACCGGCUCGAAUUUGAGCGGUCUCCUGGACAGACCGAAUACCGUCUUGGCUGGCUUUCACUAUGAUUUGUGCUUCCUCACCAUUCAUGGGAAAUCGAAUGCCCCUGGCCUGUAUCUGUGGACAAGAGAGGGUUCUCGUUUCCCAGCGAAAGUGCCGCCGGGAUGUCUCCUAGUACAGGCGGGGCUGGAGUUGGAGUGGUUAACAGGCGGUCUCAUUCAGCGCGGCUACCAUGAAGUAGUUGCGGAUGAGGCGGCCUUGGCGCUUGCAAAGGCUCAUAUGGAGCAGCAGCAUGAUGCAACUGGGAAGCAACGUCGUCCAUUCUGGCGCAUUAGUUCGACGCUUUUCGCGCACAUUGCUUCAGAUCAGGUUCUUGAACCGCUUGCGGGUUUGGCGGGCGUGACGGACUCGAGCCGUGUCAAGUAUCCCCCUAUUUUGGCAGGCGACCUUGUUCGGCGGGAGCUCAUGGCGAUUUCGUUGUGUCCAUCUGCGACUGCAACGGACACAGCGUCGUGA